CUUUCUUCUUCCUCUUCUUCUUCUCUUGCUUUGAUUUUGUUGCAGUUUCCAAAGUAGGUGGUUAUCCCCUUGGUUUAUUGGAAUAUACAAUAAUUUUUUGUUCUGUGACCCCUAUUUUCUUUUGUCAAAAUUUUGUAUAUUCCUGUGUUUCUUAUUGAUUUUUUAUUUUCUGAUGAACAUACCAAGCAAUUUUUGUGGACUCCGAUUUCAUUGUUUCCUAAUUUAUAUAUAUGCAUAUAUAUAUUGGGCAGUCUUUUUUCCUUAGUUGUCAAUUAUGGCUCUCCAUGAUAGGUUUAUUAACGAAUUUAUGUAGUCAUGCUCUUUGUUAUUACUGUUGUUGCACAUUUCUUUGGAUGGGUAAUUCCGAGUCAUAUGAAUAGUUUUCUACUCCCUUUAGUCCUUUAGUUUGUAUUUAUAUGUUUAUAUAUUAUAUAUUAACAUGAAGCUUCAUGAGUAAUGUCUAACCUUGAUAAUGGAUUCCAAUUUUUUACAGGCAACAUUCUUUAUGACUUACAUUCUAUCUUCAGGUUGGGCAAGUUUGUCAUUUGAACUUCUGCAACCUUAUGCUCUUCUUUGCAACUUAUUCUACAAAUUCAUUCUCAGAAACAAGGAGGAUCCAUGCACUUUAUCUUUUCCGUACCACACGAAAAUUCCAAGAGUUCUCUUGUUAGGGUUCCUUGGCUUCACCUAUUCUAUAAUGGCACCUUUAAUAUUGCCCUUCUUGCCGGUUUACUUUUUUCUUGCUUAUCUCGUGUACCGUAAUCAGGUUCUUAUUGAGUUGGAUCGCAAAGAUGAACUAUGUGGGAGAAUGGAUGAGAUGUAUAAGAAAUUUCCUAAAGCUUAUUCUCAAUUUCCAUCAACUUCCAAUGACUUGUGUAAAGACAUUCCCCUAAGCCAUUGCGAGGAUAGAGAUGGCAACACCAGACUUCAAGACCUAGAGGACAUUAAGCCAGGUAACCUACCCAUCCAAUCAUGGAUGAAGACUCUCUUCCUGGGCAGGUUCUACUCUGUGCAUAACUUUGUGGCAAAUCUACAGCAGGGUCAAGCUCCAAGGCAAAUCCACAAACCGAUCACUGUGAGCCAAGGGACAUCCAAAACCAGCCCCGGUGAAUUAUGAGAAACAGUCAGAGUUUUGAAGAGUCAGCCUAAAAGUCUCACGCAUGAGACUGUCUUCGCCCUUUCGUUCUCUGUUUAUAGUUUUGUUUUGUUGGCGAAAUCAUCGGACCAUUGUUGUAUAUAAGUCUUGGGUUUGACUGAGUUAAAUCUGGAUGAUCCUGUAUGUACAGUGUUUUGUAUUAGUACAUAUUCUGAUGUGAGUUAUUAACAUAUAAA